AUGUCCAAAAUCAAAGAGAUAUUCAGCCCGACCACAACCUCAAAUGAAUCCCACCACUUCAACGACCUCCUCCCAGCAUCCUUCCGAGAUGACGACCUAUCACUACGCGCCCCACUCGACAACAUCUCCAAAUUCCUGCAUCUAGACCUCUCAGUCCAACGCCUAAAUGACAUCCAAGAAUAUCUCUGGCUCGCAGGCCGGCCCAUGCCCCCGCGACCCCUAAACUACCAAAUAUCCGUCUCGCGCCAAAUAAUCCUCGACGAAAAGAUCGACAUGCACCUAGUCUGGGGUCCCGCACGACGCAUCUACAUAAAGCCCCUCCCCCAAUACCUCCUAGACGCCCACUUCUGGUCCACAAAUCUCACCUGCGGGGAAUAUCCGGGGAUCUGCUACUGUAUGAACAGCUUCAAAGACGCGACCCCGCCUCCCCAAGCGCAAAAGACACCCUGCCCCCGCAGCACCCUCUCCAAAUCCGCACUGGGGUUCUUGACAUCCUACAUUGCCCUAAUCCAACACCCCAGCGACUUCCGCAUCGCCCAAGACCACAGCCUACUCCCGGCAUCCCUAACCUGGCCGCAAUGGCGCGCCCUCGUCCAAAACCUCCUAGCAACGGACGUCACCCACCCAACCCGCAUAAACAGCCGCUACAAAUACGGCGAGCUGCGUCUCUCCCGUCUAAACAAGAUCUACGCUCUCCAGCGGGGUAGUUUCUUCCGUGGCUAUCGUGCAAAGUACCAGACUUACCAGGAGCUCUUCCGCUCGUACCUGGCGCCUAUCACGGCGAUGACGGUGUACUUUGCGCUCGUGCUGACGGCGAUGCAGGUCGGGCUUGGGACGGAGCAGCUGGCGGAGAAUCGGGCGUUUCAUAGGGCUUCGUAUGGGUUUACGGUGCUGUCGAUAUUGGGGCCGUUGGUGCUGGUGGUUUUGAUUAUAGGGGUUGUGGUGGCGCAUUUUGUGGUGAACUUUUUGGCAACGGUUGUUUUUCGGAGGGAGAGGUUUUCGGCGUUUAGGAGGAGGGCCGGGAAGGUGUAG